CUUUUAAAUCUAUUAUGUCUAUUUCGAUCUUUGCAAACAUAAAUGUCAUGUAGCACGUUGUGUCCAUCAUAUUUCGUCAUAUCAUUUUUUAGAUGACGUUUCUAGUGAUUUCCUUUUGUUAUGAUCAUGAUUGAACCUCUGGAUUACCAUAAAAAGCAAUUGUACAGGUCCUUAUGAUGUCUCAGCCGAAAGAAAUGAUACGAACAAGUAUGUAAGAAUAGCACUGAAGCUAGUCUAUGCGAGAGGACUCACGUAAGAGAUGCGAACCUAUAAUGAUAAAAUUUCGAUAAUUGUAAGUUGGAUAUUAAAAGUCACUUUAUAUUAUAUAAUAGAUUCAUUCACGGGAAUAUAUAAACUAUCCUUUCUGAAGACAUUCACAAAAUACGUACAUGUGAUACCGCACUUUUCCACCUUAUCGUCUUCUUCUCACUGCAGUUUCUCUGCGUUUUCGGUGUUGCUAUAGAUAGACCUAUUAAACAGUUAGUACUCUUUUCAAAGCGAAUUUAUCUCGCGAAGUAUUAUGCAGGAAAAAAUUUUUGUGUUGCUAGUUCGAACUUGUGUUGGAAUGACGUACAAUGUACGAUGGCAUAAUAUAUCACCCAAUGUUACCACACAGACACAUCUUGAUCUCUUUUUAUAACUUCUACUUUUGACAAAGUUUCGAAACGAGCAACUACCAUAAACUGGUGGCAUAGGUGUUUUAAUAUUUAAUAUAUCCAUCGGUAAAGCAUCACAUUGAUGCGAACAUGUCGCAAACAUGCGUGAUGGUCAUUUUGCACAAUAGACAGUUGAAAACAGACUUCUUCGCAUUAAUCUUUAGUAUGGAUAUAUCUACGUAUCCAGGCUAUAGAGACUUUGUUUGGGUUGUUGAAUUACAUCGAUUCGGUUUGGAAUUGGUCGGAUUAUGGCCAACAAUCGACAAAGCAGCCAAAACUAGCAACAUAUCUGAUCUUCGUGGUUGCAUCAUUUUUAUCAUAAUAGUAUUUGUUUGUGCUAUUCCUUUUAUAUGUUCUCUUAUACGAGUGCGCAGUGAUAUAAUACUUGUGAUGGAUAACUUGCAAGUCACAUUACCUCUCAUGGUGGUUUUGUUAAAACUUAUUAUUAUGCGAUGGAAACAAACAGCUCUCUUAUCCAUCUUAAACAUGAUGGCGAAUGACUGGAGAGUAUUCAAGGUAGAUACACAGAGGGAUGUAAUGCUGAAGUGGGCACGAACUGCCCGAUUCAUCGUAACUUGUGGUUACAUAAUGACAGGAUGUGCAGUGAUUAUAGCCAUCGUUUUUCCAUACUUUGGUGUACCAUUUAGGCGAUUGUCGAAUCUUACGGAUAGCGAUAAACCGUUACCGUUUCAGGCCUAUUACUUCUACGACACAGAUCCGAGUCCACAAUUUGAGUUGACAUUUGUCUUUCAAUCUAUAACUAUGUUCCUGGCAGCCGUUAUUUAUACAUCAGUAGACGCCCUCCUUGGACUGGUGAUCCUGCACACUUGUGGCCAGUUGGAGAAUUUCAAAGAUCAAUUAGCCAAUAUGGCUGCAUCCAAAAAUUUUGAUAGUGCUUUACGUAACAGCGUGCUCACCCAUGUACGACUUAUCAGAUUUACCAAUAAAAUCGAAGAUAUAUUCGCUCUGAUGAUGUUGGGGUUGGUAAUUUACUUUGGUAUCGUAUUUUGUCUGUAUGGGUUUCUGCUACUCAAUAUGAUGACUAAUGGACACAUAAGCGACUUGUCUCUUUCGCGAAUAUGCUUUAUAAUAUGUGUUAUUAGUAUUCUAUUAGCACACACAUUUCUCUACUGCUGUGCUGGAGAGAUUAUUAUAGAACACUGUGAUGCAGUAUAUCAAGCUAUAUAUGAUUUUGAUUGGUAUAAGUUGGAGGCAAGGAAAGCAAGGGGUCUUGUGUUAUUAAUGAUACGGGCAAGCGAACCCUUUCGCAUCACUGCAGGAAAAGUGAUACCGUUAACAUUGACUACUUUCUGCAGCCUGUUAAAAACGUCGGCAGGAUAUAUAUCAUUUUUAUUAGCAAAAUGUAGUUAAACGACAUCAAUCACUAAUUUGGUUAUUACCGAAUGAAAAUAGAAUUAGUAUCAACUGUUUUCUACAAUAGUGUUCUUAGCUAUGUUAAAAAUAAAUAUUCGUGGAAAU